UGGGUCAGUUCUAUCUUUAAAGGAUCCGCGGUGUGUGUCUAUAAAAUGGAAGAUAUCCGUGCAGUGUUUAAUGGACCGUAUGCUCAUAAAGAGGGACCAGACCAUCGCUGGGUGGAAUAUGAAGACAGAAUACCCUACCCACGACCGGGCACUUGCCCCAGUCGGACAUAUGAUCCUCAUAUAAAAACGACUAAAGACUUUCCAGAUGAGGUCAUCAGUUUUAUACGAUUGCACCCGCUCAUGUACCACUCCGUGCACCCAAUGACGGGCCGACCAAUUUUCACUCGUAUCAAUACAGAGUUCCGGCUCACUCGGAUUGUAGUGGACCGUGUGGCAGCUGAGGACGGACAGUAUGCUGUUAUGUUUUUGGGCACAGAUAUGGGAUCAGUUUUGAAGGUUGUCAGCAUCACUCAAGAAAACUGGUCCACAGAGCAGAUCAUCUUAGAGGAGCUUCAGGUGUUCAAGAGUCCAUCACCCAUCCUCAACAUGGAAAUCUCCUCAAAGCAGCAGCAGCUGUUUGUUGGAGGAAGCGACGGGUUAGUGCAGGUGUCCCUGCACAGGUGCCAUAUUUAUGGGCAGGGCUGUGCAGAAUGCUGCCUGGCUAGAGACCCCUACUGCGCUUGGGACGGCAUCCAGUGCUCCAGAUACGUUCCAGCCUCUAAGAGGAGGGCCAGAAGGCAGGACAUUAAACAUGGAGAUCCAUCCAGCCAUUGUUGGGACACAGAGGAUGUGUUUGGGAGGAAUGUCGAGGAAAAGGUGUUGUACGGAGUUGAGAGCAACUCCUCUUUUCUUGAGUGCGUUUCUAAAUCCCAGCAGGCCUUAAUACGCUGGUUCGUACUGAAGCCAGGAAUGGACCACCGUCAAGAGAUCAAACCAGACGAGCGCGUGCUGAUAACCGAGAGAGGUUUGCUGAUUCGUUGGCUCCAGCGUAGCGAUGCAGGUUCCUACUUCUGCACCUCCCAGGAGCACAGCUUCACCCGUAACCUCCUCCACCUAUCUCUGCACGUCCUGGACCCCGGACAGCUCAACGGACACCAACCUGCUAUACGGGACUCAUCAGAAAACCCUUCCGUGACCGAACCCCGCCAGCGCUAUAAGGACUAUUUGCGCAUGUUGAGCGGCCCUGCGCACUCUCUAGACGAGUACUGUGAAACAGUCUGGCACAAAGAGAAGAAGCAAAAACAGAAGGGCAAAUGGAAGCAUGUCCAAGAGCUCCGCAAGAGCAGGAACCGACGCCACCACUAGGGGUGCCAAUGAUGCGUGGAUUCGAGUGUGAGGUUAGAAGGGUCACAGUGCCCUGGAAGCCACUGAAUGUGGAUUAAAUGAACUCAAACAAUCUCAAAACUAAAUACAAAUACAGAAAUGAACUAUCACCUGACCAGUCUGUUUAUGCAAAGCAAAAAGUCCCCCAGAAACAUCAAUCUUACCGUUAAACAUUAAACAUUCAUUGUAACUGAUGCCUCAGAUAUGACCCACUGAUUCUUUACCGUUUAGAAAUACCAAAAUACCUAUGUGAGCAGUCAUCUUGGCUGAUCUUUAAGGCAAGACACUACAGGCAACUUUUUUUUCAGGCACUGGUCAAUUUUGAUGUGUUGGGCUAACUAUUCUUCUUUCAGACUAAUAGAAAGAAAAUAUAAAACAAUGCAUUUUUAAAUUUUUUUUUUUUUAUGCAGUGAGCCAAAAAUCUCAACUUUGUAAAUGUAAGUGUAAAUGUAAGUAGUAGUCAUGAACAAAACUUUCCAAUUUUAUCUCUAUCUAUAUUCAGAAGGCUUUUACAGUGGGGUUUGUUUAGCAUUCACCUGAUUUAUAUAUUUUAUUAUUAUUAUUAUUUUUUUUUUGGCAGUUAACAGUAUUUUCUGAUUUAUGGAGUGAUAAGAGAUAUCUAAAAACCCCUAUGCACAACGUUUAAUUUUAAUAUGUAAAUGGACUUUGAACCUGGCUUUAUCCUAAUUAUUAUGAAAAUUAUUGCGUAAUUAAUUAGACAAUACUAGACAAUACAUCAUUUACAUAUAAAAACAACAUUUUCAGAAAACAAUUGUCUCCAUGUACUUAAUCAACAUGGGAAGUAAAGUGUUAUUUAUUAGUUAAAAUUAUGAUACUUUUUCCCUCUAGUGUCUUGCUUUAACACUCAAGUCAGAAUCAAUGGGGCAAUGUAUUGUAUACUAAAAUCAUAUAGCUAUAAACCUAUGAACAAUGCUCUACAACAGGAUUGUUCAGUCUAUAAACGCCUGGAAUAAUGUUUUUACAAACAUGGCACCAGUUCUUUGCGCUUUAAUUUUAACCAAGAAUAAAAAUGCAUUCAUGUUGAAUGUAUGUAAAUAUUUAUAUUAUUUGUACAUGAGAUUGUGCAUGCUUUAGCAUUAUUUACAUAGAAUUCUCUUUUGAGAUUACAGUUUUAACCAAGCAUUUAAAUUUCACUGAGUAAAAUACAUUAUUUUUGUAUUUUUGCAAUUUGUCUUAUAGUAGGUCAUUUGUUUAUGGCAUAUGACGUUAUUUAAAAUGACCAUGGUGUUGAAAUAAACUUUUUUUUAUUUCUACUUAA